GGAGCCAGUAAACUGACCCGAGAAGACAUCGAAAGAGUAUUCUCUCUUUACGAUAGGGACAAAAAUGGAACAAUUGAAAACGAAGAGUUAAAAGGAUUCUUGAAAGAUUUGUUGGAGUUAGUGAAAAAGGAUUAUGACGCGCAAGACUUGGAAGAUUUCCAAGAUGCUAUUUUACGAGGUUGUGAUUUCAACCGAGAUGGAAAAAUCAACAAGAAAGAACUGACCAUGAUCCUCUUGGCACUUGCCAAACACUCUCAAGAUGAUGAAACUAAGUAAUGGAAGAUGAAGUGAAACGAAUGAGAGUGAUCGGACAUUGUUAAAAGCAAAGCUACAAACCGAACACAUACAAACACACAAAAUCAGCAUUAAGGUAAUUUAAAAAAAAGGUAAAAAUGAUAAAACAAUGCUUCUCUCUCUCUGGCUGUCGUCAACGUAUUUUGCUCAAGUUAUUAGAGCGAUAUAUUCAACUUAUCGAGGUCAGGUAGAGGGAUCCGUCACGUCGCCAAAAUGUCUUAAAUAUAAAUAUUAUAUUAUGAUAAAUAUGAAUAAUAUAUUAAUAUAAAAACGUAUAUAUAUAUAUAUAUAAAUA